AUGACGAAAUCUGUGGUGAUGUUGCGUGGUGUUGUGAGCACUAAGUUAGUUUGUAGUCGAUCAGGUGUUAAGUUGAUAGUAUGCAUUUCGACACCCCCGAUCAAGGUUUCACAGCCCCCUCGACACUGCUGCCUGACUGGAAUCACCCAGCCAGCCUUCGACAAGUCUGUUGACCAUCUUCUACUAUCCUGCAACGCCAACAACCAUCCUGAUAUCACCCGAAAACCUGACCAUCAUCACCCAGAAAUGUUUCGUGGCACACCACCCAACCCAUAUGACGAGGUCGUCCUGAAGGCCACUGAUGAGGCACAAACCUCGGAGAACUGGUCGCUAUUCAUCCAAGUUUGUGAUAAGGUACUGACAGAUACCAGUCCGACCGGCCCCCGAGAUUGUAUUGCCUCGAUCCAGAAGCGACUCCAACACCGAAAUGCGAACGUCCAAUUGUUCUGUCUGACCCUCACCGAAUCCCUGGUCAAGAACACAAACGAAAAUUUGCAUAAGGAGGUCUCCAGUAGGGCGUUCAUGAAAGUCUUGUCAGGCUUGGUACUCGAUCGCUAUACGCAUGAGAAGGUUCAAAAGAGGAUCCUACAGUGUCUGAAAUCCUGGGUCGAUGACUUCCACGGCAAACCUCACCUCGGUCUGGUGGAAGAAACUGUCGAGGAGCUUAAGGAGAAAGGCCACCAAUACGAAGAGGAACCACCACCAGCCACCCAUCCUCCGGAUGAACUGUUGAAACGAGAGGAAGAGGAACUCCAGCGAGCCUUGGCCGAAUCCGAACGUGAAGCGGAAUGGAUGAACAUGGCCGGCGUCGGAAAUUUCCCAGCGAGCACGCUCGACACACAAUCCAACAUCGGUCCGGCUGGUCACAUACCAUCCUCAUCCCAGGCUCGAUUCGGAAACCCACCACUGGCGAGUGGCCAUACUGCUCCAGAUCCCACACCUCACCCGGCCCCUGUAAAUCGAGCAAGCUCUCAACCGCCCGCCGGUAAUCACCAUCAUCAAGCUCCAAUCGAUGCUAUGGCUCAGAUGUCUCUUCAAAACUCUCAUCCAGACUCAGAUAACAUCCCCCUCGGUCCCGCAACUGGCUCCGAUCUUCACCCUGUACGCACUAAGGGUAGACCAGCUCCCAAAAAAGUCAAAGCAUUGUACGACUUCGGACCUAACGAGGAAGGCGAAUUAUCGUUCAAGGAGGGUGAUAUCAUCCGAGUAAUUGACUCAGUCUACAAAGAUUGGUGGAAGGGAGAAUUGCGCGGGCAGAUCGGUAUCUUCCCAGUGAAUUACAUUGAAACUAUCCCAGACCCAUCUCCGGAAGCGCUUACCCGAGAGGCGGAAGCUGAGGCGGCCGUAUUCGCACAGGCUUGCGAAAUUGAUCGACUGUUACAGAUGAUGAAUAAUUUGGAUGCUAAGCGGGAUAAUCUGGCUGACAAUGAUGAACUGUCCGAGCUCUAUCAACGAACCCUAUCGAUGCGACCUAAGAUCGUUCGGUUGAUCGAAAAAUAUAGCCAGAAGAGAGCUGAAUUAUUGCAGAUCAACAACAAAUUCAUGAAAGCCAAGACUACCUAUGAUACAAUGAUUGAGCAAAGCUUGGCGGUCCAUCACCCAGGAGUUGCAGCGGAAACGUACACACAGCCUAACCAAAACCAUAUGUCCUCCAACAUGUAUGGCUCCCAAGGGCCUUAUCCGCAAGUUACUUAUUCUUACGACCAGGCUUCUCAUCCUGCUCAUCAACCCUUGUCAAACCAGCAUUAUCAGCGACCAACAGGGCCGCCGGCAUCUCCUAAUCAGCCGUAUCCGCCUCGUGAUAUCGUCCCUCCCGAGGGACUCGAUACUAGUCGGUUCUACCUAGCAUCAGAUGGAAACUGGUAUGCCUAUUCGGCCGAGCAGCUAGCAGCCCACGCCUCGAGCACUGCAGCCCUGCCGAACAACCCAGCGGUCCAUACAUCUCAUCCGCCCAACUCUUCCCAACACGCUCAACCUCAGUCAUCUCCUGCACGUAAUCCAACCUCAGCUCCCCAGGGAGACGCUAAUCAUAGGCCGGAACUCAACCCCGCUUGGCCCGCUUACCCUCCCAACUCUUCCCCUAACUCUCACAACCUUCCCGCUAGUCUGCCUUUGCCUGGUCAAUAGACAUCACUACAGAUAAAUCCUCUUUUUGUUCUUUUUGUUUCAUUGUGAGCUCAAACAAAAAAGAAAAAAAAAAUCUCCAACACGCACCCAUAUAAUGUUGGUUCUGUUUCUACCAUCUCAAAAAAGCAAGAUUUCUUAUUUCACACCAUUAUCACGAUCAUCAUCAUCAUCAUCUUUCUCUCUGCUGCCCUUUCUUUCUCUACCUAAAUCAUCCAUUCUACUUUUCUUUAGCGAAAGGGUAUCAGGUUCAAUUUUUUUGUAUAUGUAUAUCGAGAGAAAUAAGAUUGUAUUGUAUACACACAAGCAUCGGUUUUUAUGGCUCUUCAUAACUCUAGUUAGUAAAACGAGGAGGUUUAGCAAGUCUUUGUGGUGCCUGGAGACUAACUCGUGUAUUGCACAUACAUAGCUUUCAUACAUUGUUGUCGGUUAGUCAUAUAGACAAUCAUGAUGUCUUGUAUGGUAUGUAAUCACAUCCCUAAGUCCUGUUCAAACA